AUGCGUAGUCAGAGGAACACUCAGGUCCUCGUCGAGGAAUUUCGCAGUCGCGACCCAUUUCCCUACAAUACGUUGGCGACGUAGCGGAGCGUGGCAGUGCUGGAUACCAACGAAUCUUUGGGUGAAGUGAACUCUCUGUUCUUUUGUAGGGAUAUUUUAACGAUUGGAGGAAAAGACCUCGUACCGUGAUGUUGCUAGCACUGGUAUGUAGCCUUCUUGCUGCCUCACGGACGACCUCGGCAUCUGAUCUCCAGGUGCCCAUGCUGACUGUUUGUCCAGAAAGCCAUAACGUGACCGUAUUCGACGUCACUGCUACCAGCCAGCCCGGAAGCAACAUGCUGAACGUGUCAUUUCACAUCGACGUUAUUGUGUCAUUGAAAACAUACCCGACACUUGAAGUGGCCAUGACGGAGGAAGGAAUGGAAUCCCUGAUUCCUUGUGUCGAAGACGUCGGUUCUUGUCUGUACCAUCUCUGCGAUGGUAAUUCUACCAUGGAGAUGGAGCUGACGAAGGCAUGGAGCAACACGUGUCCCAUUCCUCCUGGGAAGUAUUUUGUUAACAUGACGUUGGACCUUAUGAAGAACAAGUAUCUGACUUCAGGAAACGCGAACAAAAUCUUCAAGUACAUGUUCGAGGAUGGUGGCAAUGUAACUGGGUGCGUGUCCUUUCCUGUCUACAUACCAACUACGGCGGGGUCAUCGGCCAUGGCGCUUCCAACGUUACACGCAUUGUGGAUGCUCACCAUUUCUCUGUUUUCGCUGAGAUUUUGGUAGAUGCCUUGGGAAUGAGCUUGGACCACUUUUGUCACUACUGUAUGUUGUAUGAUAUACAUAAGAUAAUUUUCUCGCGUAACAACCAAGGGUGAGAGCCAGAAUCGAGCAACUUAUGAUCAAAUUGCCUCUCACGUCAGUGUCAGAGAGCGCCAGCUGCUCACAAGUACGGCAUACCGCGGUGAAGUGUCCCGAGUAAAGCAUUACUCGUUUUAUGAUUGUCAUUUUCUUCACAGCGAAUAUUGUCUGCCUUUCACAAAGUCUUCUUAUCGAAAGGCCAAUUGUUGAAGCUCCGGCCUAACAUCAUGCGCUCACCAGCAUAAUCUUUUCUUCAACAAAAAAUUACGGUCUCUCUGAUUGUUAACGAGUGCUUCAUAUGCCACACUAAAUACAUUCACGUGUGUUUUAUCAGCAUUCACAGCUGUCUGGCUGAUAGAAAACUGAACUAAACAUUUGCGCCGGUCACGCACCAAUAAUUAAGAAAAUUUAAUUUAAUGCUUUCUCAUUAUUUCUUUGCCGAAGUGCACUUAAAUAAAGCUAAUCCUUACAAUACGGUAAGCCCGCUGACGAUAAUGGAUAAGAAUAAAUUGAUUGAUCAAAGAAGUCUAAUGAGAGUACAUCAUCGAUAAAACUGUCUAGAAAUUGGCGUGAUUGCUAUUACAUAAAAUUGUUAUGCAUACUAGAAAACUGCUAUCCCGUAAAAUUUCGAAUUAAAGACAAAUACUUAUUUCGGCCUAAACGGCACUUUUGAGCAUAUUCAAAAGCCAGCUUUUGCAAACGUCAAAGCUCUCCGUUAUCAGAGGUACCGGCAAACUUUAAAAACAAAGCAUUUGAUAUUUUCUAACCACUUAUCUCAUGAUAUUUUGUGUUGGACAACCAACUAGCGAAUGUUACGUUUCGUGUUGGUACCUUUGCCUAUACAAUCAGCAACCCGAAUGCGACGUUUCUUUGUUUACUUUCCAAUACGAACUGUUUUAUUCGAAUCAGGUACUUUUCGUUACUGUCCUCCAGUACUGAACUUCGUUGAGUCACUUUGAAUGCACAUAAUUCGUAACGUUGGCGCGUCGCUAACAUUGCAGUUGCGUAUCUCUAUUUUAUGUUAUAUGUACGUCGUUAUUAUCAUUUUCGUACUACGAUUUAUGUAAAUUUUAAACAAUGUAUUGUACACAGGCUUAGGUUGUGUGUAACUCCACAGUGUUUACAUGUUAAUAAACUAAAAAAACCACUUAUAAAUACCCGAAA